UUCUCUUAUCGAUCGGCAUUUCUGACUAGAGGAUCGAACUCGAUCCGUAUCGGAUACUCAAAAUAUAUGUAUUUAACUCCGACAACAUCUCCAUGUUCUUCGAUCCUAAUAAUCUUUCUUUAAUUUAAUCUAAUCUAAUUAGGGUUCCUCAGAUCAGAUUCCACACACACUCUCUCUCUCUCUCCCUCCUCCAAAUCCUUCUCAUAGAUCUGAAUCUCGGAUCCGUGUGUGUAAUUCUACUCAGACUGUGCGGGAGAAUUUUCGCCGUCUAUGGCUUUUUAGCUUCGUUGAGUCCUGUUUCAGGUCGGAGACGGAGAUUUGAUCGAUAGAAAGAGUGAGGCGCAGGAGGAGAAAUGGGCCAGGAGGGUUCGCCGGCGCACAAGAGGCCCUCCGGCGUCGGAGGCGGAGGACUUCCGACGACGGUGACGGCGAACGGAGACGGAGGAAGGGGCCGUGGGUUGUUGCCGCGCGGAAGGCAGAUCCAGAAGACGUUUAACAACAUCAAGAUCACGAUUCUCUGUGGAUUCGUCACCAUUCUGGUGCUUCGCGGCACGAUCGGCGUCGGGAAUCUCGGUAGCUCCAAUGCCGACGCCGUCAACCAGAAUCUCAUCGAGGAAACGAACCGGAUUCUCGCCGAGAUCCGAUCCGAUUCGGAUCCCACUGACUUGGAUGAGGCUCUGGAGGCUGGGAUCGAUCCCAAUGUCACAUACACUCUAGGUCCGAAGAUCACGAACUGGGACAGUCAACGCAAGGUAUGGCUCGAUCAGAACCCUGAGUUUCCAAAUUCUGUUAAUGGCAAAGCUCGAAUCCUGCUUCUAACUGGAUCUCCACCGAAACCCUGCGAUAACCCAAUUGGAGAUCAUUAUCUGCUGAAAUCAGUGAAGAACAAGAUCGAUUACUGUAGGCUUCACGGGAUAGAGAUUGUGUAUAACAUGGCUCAUUUGGACAAGGAAUUAGCUGGGUAUUGGGCAAAACUACCUAUGAUCAGGAGAUUGAUGCUGUCUCAUCCUGAAGUGGAGUGGAUCUGGUGGAUGGACAGCGAUGCUUUGUUCACCGAUAUACUGUUCGAGAUCCCGUUGUCGAAGUACGCAAACCAUAAUCUAGUGAUUCACGGGUACCCAGACUUGUUGUUCGAUCAGAAGUCGUGGAUUGCGCUGAACACGGGCAGUUUUCUCUUGAGGAAUUGCCAAUGGUCACUGGAUUUGUUGGAUGCUUGGGCGCCAAUGGGACCGAAAGGGCCUAUCCGUGACGAAGCCGGGAAAAUCUUGACGGCUAAUCUGAAAGGUAGACCGGCUUUCGAGGCGGAUGAUCAGUCGGCAUUGAUAUAUAUUCUGCUUUCACAGAAGGAUAAAUGGAUGGAAAAAGUGUUCGUCGAGAAUCAGUACUAUUUGCACGGGUUCUGGGAAGGGUUAGUCGAUCGGUACGAGGAGAUGAUCGAGAAGUAUCAUCCAGGAUUAGGCGACGAGAGAUGGCCGUUUGUUACGCAUUUCGUGGGUUGCAAACCGUGCGGAAGCUAUGCCGAUUACGCGGUUGAGAGAUGCUUGAAGAGUAUGGAAAGGGCAUUCAAUUUCGCGGACAAUCAAGUGCUGAAACUGUACGGUUUUGGGCAUCGGGGACUGUUGAGCCCUAAGAUUAAGAGAAUCCGAAACGAGACCGUGACUCCGUUGGAGUACGUAGACAAGUUCGAUAUCCGCAGAGCAGAAACCAAACCACAGAGCUAAGCGUCCGAGAAAUCAGAUCAGAUCACAAGAUGAUGAGAUUGUUGCAGAAACUUAGAGGUAAUAUACCACUUACAAUUACAAUUACAAUUGCAAAGCAAUUUUUUGUUUUGUCUGUACUCCCGAAAUGCCAUGUUUCUUUUGUUCCAACUCUUCCUGUUGUUGUUUGCAAGAACUUUAAGCUGCGAAAUUCUUUCCAUAUA